UUUCCCGCGAACUACGGUGGAGAGGAAACGAGGAAAACAAGCAUAUAAAUUUAUUGAUCAGAUAGUAAGACCCACAUUUAUGGAAAAGUUCAUGAAGAAUUUAAAGUAAAAACUAAAAAUGAGUCAGCAAUCAACAAAACUCUCUUCCAAUAAAAGGAAGGCUAAUAAAUCAAAUGCUAUUAAAACAGAGAAAAAUACUGAGUCGGUCACUUUGGAUGAAGAAGAUGGCAUUUCCCAAAGCAAGAAAAUGAAGUUUGAAGUAAAACUAGAGAAAGAACCAAAUGCACCAAAGAAAGCAGUUAAAAAAGAAAAAACUGAAUGUAAACCAGCAGUAAAAAAUAAAGAGAGUGUCGUGGCAUGGAAAGUUGAUGAAGUUAUUAGUGCUAAUUUAGAUGUGGCAUUAUGGGCAGCAAAGAAUGUAGUUAGAUUACUGGAUGAGGGAUGCACUAUUCCAUUUAUUGCUAGAUAUAGAAAGGAACAGACAGGUGGUAUGGAGGUACAGAAGCUCCGAGACUCCUGUACCAUGCUUGAAGAUCUCAGAUGUGUUGAAUCUAAAGUAAAGACAGCCAAGUCAGUGAUAUGUGAGCAGAAGAAAAUGACAAAGGAGUUAGACAAUGCACUCAGUAAUGCUCAAACACUGACUGAAGUCGAGUGUCUGUUUGCACCGUUUAAGCCUGGAAACAAGGGCACACUGGCAGAGCGUGCAAAGGCAUUGGGACUUGAACCAUUAUCAUUAAAAUUUGUGAAAGGUGAAGGCAUGAUGAUGGAAGCACAGAAAUUCAUAAAACAAAAUGAAAAAGGUCUGAAGAAUGUAGAUGAGAUAAUGAAUGGAGUGAUGCAUAUCAUAGCUGACAUUAUCCAUAAAGAUACUGCUGUCAUGGAAAAAAUCAGAGAAAUAUGUACACAUAGAGCUAUUACGAUACAGUCCAGCCAGGUAAAACAAAGUAAAGCACAACCUAAACCAGGUGAGAAACAAGAACCUGCUCAUAAAUACGAGAACUACUUUGAUAAUAGGUUCAGCGUUGAUAGAAUACAACCUCAUCAGGUGCUUGCAAUAAAUCGUGGAGAACAUCACAAAAUAUUGCGUGUGAAGGUAGAAAUUCCACAAUUUCUAGAUGAAGUAGUGAUGAAGUUGUGUAGGCAGAAGUGGCUUACCUAUAACAUGAAUGAUGCUAGCAGAAAGAUGAUCAAUCAGAGUAUAGAGGAUGCCUAUCAGAGACUCAUGCAACCACAGAUUGUCAGGCUUGUAAGGUCAAAUCUAACAAAGGCAGCAGAAAAAUCAUCUAUUGAAGUAUUUGCCAGCAAUUUGAAGAAUCUGUUAUUGUCUGCCCCAUUGAAAGGUCUCACUAUUCUUGCUAUAGAUCCUGGAUUCACUAAUGGUUGUAAAAUUGCUGUAAUUUCUAAUACAGGUCAGAUCCUUGACACAGGAGUUGUGUACCUUCAUAGUAUGAAACAAAAGAAACAGGCAGAAAUAAACAGGCUUCAGAACUUUAUAAUAAAACACAGAUGUGAAGUGAUUGGUGUUGGAAAUGGUGUUGCCUGCAGGGAGACAGAGGCAGUUGUAUCAGAACUUAUACAGAAUACAUUCAAUAAGCUAAAAUACUGCAUUGUGAGUGAGAGUGGAGCCUCAAUAUACAGUGUUUCUGAUGCUGCCCAGAAAGAAAUGCCAAUCUUGGAUCCAUCCCUGCGUGGGGCAGUUUCUAUUGGAAGAAGAUUGUUAGAUCCACUGUCCGAGUUUGUUAAAGUAGAUCCCAAACAUCUUGGUGUAGGGCAAUACCAGCAUGAUAUGCCUCAAAAUCAACUGCAGACAUCUCUAGAUUCAACAAUAGAAGAAUGUGUGAGUUUUGUUGGUGUUGAUGUUAACACUUGUAGUGAAUGUCUUCUCAGUCAUGUUUCUGGCCUAUCUGCUGCCAGGGCAAAGAAAAUUCUAGAAUUCCGGGACCAGUUUGGGCCAUUUAUAUGUAGAGAACAGUUGAAAGCAGUAAAGGGACUGGGAGCAAAGACAUAUGAACAAGCUGCAGGAUUUAUACGAGUACAUUCAUCCAAUACUAACCUGGGAACAAGUGAGAAUGUUGACACUGAAAAGACUGUAAAAACAACAAAAGGGAAGAAAACAAAAAAGAAAGAUCCGAUAGAAUAUUUACCUGAGCCUCUUGACAGGACCUGGAUACAUCCUGAAUCCUACCAUAUAACGCAUAGUUUACUAAGAAGGAUAGGUGUUACUGGAACACAAUUGGGCCAGGAAAGUUUCAUCCAAAAAGUUCAACAAUUCUUGAUAACCAAUAGUAUAUCCCAACUUUGUAGUGAACUAGACACAGGAGAACCAACUAUAAAGUUGAUAACAGAUGCUUUAGUCAGACCUCUAUCAUAUGAUCUCAGAGAUGAAUUUGAGAAACCAUUGUUCAGGAGUGGAGUUAAGUCUAUAAAUGAUCUAAAAGCUGGUGAUAAAGUUACUGGCAAGGUCAGUAAUGUAACACAUUUUGGUGCUUUUGUUGACAUUGGUGUUGGGCAGAAUGCCUUAGUGCACAAUACAAAGAUGUGUUUACCAAAUAUGAGGCAGAAAUAUCAGCUGAAACUGGGAGAGAAAAUUGAAGGAAAGAUCAUAAGUGUAGAAAUAGACAGAGGUAGAAUUGGACUGGAAUUAUUGAAAGUACUCUAACUCUAGAAACAUUUUGCUGAACCGUGCAAUGUGUUAUUACUACAAGGACAUCAGACUGGUGGAUUUGGCUGCUUGAAUAAGGGAAAGGAUAUAGAGGUCUAAGAAAAUAAAGAUUGUUUUGGAAUAUAGACAUUGUGAAAAAAGUGUGAUCUGUCAUAGAGUAAAUGUCAGAAGACUGUUGGUAAUGAAAACAUUGUCUUAAAUUAAUAGUGUUAACGUUGUUGUUCUAAAUUGUUUCUUUAAGUAAUCUAUCAAGAAUAUUUAAUUAUGGGACUUUGGUCAAUGAUAAGGGGAUGCUGUAUAUUGAGGAAGAGGUGUAAUUAUUUUUUAUUUUCGGGAGAAAACUUUAGGACACAAGUUUUUUUUCUAUUGGGAAGCACUAUUUUUAUUUAGAAAAAAUAGUAAAGGCAAGUUAUGUUGGUUAUUUGUGAUAGGAAAAUGGUAUAUGGGGCUAGUUAUAGCAUAUUAUAGUACAAUGUCAUAGAACAGAUGUUUGUUGUCAUAUACAAUGCUUCUUUAGUUGAGAAAAACAUCAAGUUAUUUUUGCAUAAUGAUGAUAUUUGUGCAGGGUAAACUUAAUUACCACUUAACACCAAGCACAGGUGAUAACAUGCUUUACUAACUAUCUGUGUGUUUUUAUACUCACUGGAACAACAAACUUGUAAAGGGCCAUUUAUACUAAAAAUCACCAAGUCCAUCUUCAAACUGUUUGCCUGUCCAGCUAUCUUGUUUUACUUGUAUGGAGCAUAACUCAAGAACUAUUUGAGGUAUCAAGUUGAAACUUCAUAGAUAUUUAAAUCACAUUUAGGAGAAAUACAUCAAUCAAGAACCAUAUUUCUUUUGCAUCAUAUAGGAGUUAUUGCCCUUUAAAAAUAUUUGUCAAGAGUAUAUUUUAGUCAAUAUGAUGUAUCAAAAUAAAAUUCCAUAAUCCAUUGACAAAGCAGAAUGCAGGAGGUAUGACUUUAGUUGUUAUUGUUUUUAAGAAUGAUGGUUGAUACAAAUUUUACUCACUCUUUUGAUACUAUUUUAAUCAAAUGUUGAUGUGUUUAUGUUAAAUAUUUGUUUUGAAAGAGAAUUUAAGGUUUUGUUCAAAGGAAACCAAUUUUAAAACAUUAAGUUCCAGUUGAAGUUAUUGAAUAUUGUUAGAAAUGAUCUUGAUUAAAAUGUUCGUUAAAGAAAUAAAGAAGAUCAAAUGAUUAAA